AUGGAUGAGAAGGAGGAAUUACAUUUAACCUCUCAGGAGUUACAAGUGUUAUCUGAACUUGACAGCCGCCAGUUUGGAUUCCUUAAACUGAGAGGAAAUGAACAUGGUCGAACCAGAGCAUUGGUACUUAAGGCUGUCAAAUAUUUGGAGGGGAUGUUGGUACAAGUUAAGGAAGAAGAAAGAGCUUGCUCACCCGGAGCUCGAAGAGAUAUUUGUAUAGAUCCUAAAACAUACUGUAAACUAGGACAUUUUCACCUAUUACUAGAAGAUUAUGCUAAAGCAAUGUCAGCAUAUCAGAAGUUCUUUGCUUUGGAGCAGGACAACUGGAAGGAUCCACUAUUCUUAUAUGGACUUGGAUUAUGUUACUACCACUAUAAUGCUUUUGACUGGUUAGUGAUGCAUGAAUUAUACUCGUAG